CCUUCCUGUUCCAGGCGGCGCUCGUGAGCAGCACGGCAGCGGCAGCGGCCGCGCAGCUGCCGGUCCAGGACACUCCGACCACGACGAUGUCGCCGGACAUGGUCCAGGACGUGCGCAUCGACUGCAAUAGCAACGAGAUCGCCGUGUCGAUCGGCGGCGACCUGGACGCCAGCUCGCUGUUCGACGGCAUGGUGUACCCGCGGGGGCUGUCCAAGAACUCGUCCUGCCUCGCCGAGUUCAGGCGGCACAAAGGCCCGCUGCGCUACCGGCUGCCCCUGCGCUCGUGCAACACCAUGAGCACCGACCUGAACGAUGGAGGCGUCGAGUACUUCAACACGAUCGUGGUGCAGCCGCACCGGAAGUUGGUGACGAACCAGGGGCGAGGCUUCCACAUCCGGUGUCGCUACCAGACGAGGGACAAGACCAUCUCCAACGCCGUCAACGUCAGCACGGCUGAGCCCACCCCUCUGACGGCCACGGCCCCGAUGCCCGGCUGCAGCAUGAAGAUCUUCUACGGCGACCCCGACCAGAAGGAGGUGGCCGAGAACGUCAAAAUUGGCGACCCCCUGACGCUGGCCAUCAACAUCGACGACCAGCCCCUGUACGGCCUCCGCAUCUCCGACUGCCUGGUGCGCGACGGCCUGGGCUGGGGCGAGCAGCGGCUCAUCAACGCCGAGGGGUGCCCUGUUGACAACGAGAUCAUGGGCCAGUUCGAGUACUCCGAGUCCAAGACGCUGGCCCAGGUCAAGUUCCAGGCGCACAAGUUCCCGUACACCGCGUCCGUGUACUACCAGUGCAAUGUGCGCCUGUGCCUCAAGACGGACAACGGCUGCGACGACUCGCCGCCCGCGUGCGACGGCUCCAGGAGGAGGAGGCAGGCCGCCGACGGCGCGGCCGUGGCCAAGGACGGCGAGGACGGUAGCCCGGCCACCAUCGAGGUGUACUCGGGGCUGUACGUCAACGAGGCCACCGACCUCAACAGGGCCGACCUCCUCGACGACGUCUCCAGAGAGAGGGCGUCCGACGACCCGAACAGCAUAUGCAUAUCGCAGCGCAGCUUCGCCAUCGGCAUCGCGGUGGCGGGGCUGAUCCUCAUGCUGGCCGUGCUGGCGGCCAUCCUCAUCCUGCUGGCCAAGCGGCGCCGCAAGACGGCCUCGACCAGCGGCUCCUCGAUCUACUCGGGGCCGUACACCAACACGGCGUACAGCCGCAGCAGCUAGCCGCCAGUCAGCCGCCAGGCGGCCGGGAGCCAGAGCCACGCCUCGGCGAGAGGAUCUAAGUCAUUGCACCAAGAGCCAUGGUCUUGAAAAGGCUUUCGUUCAGCAGCCAUUCAAACCACUUUCCAAUCAACAAAAAAGGGGGGGGGGGGAUAACAAUUUUAGUUGUGUUUAUUUUGUUUCAGUGUUAUGAUUGCAUUUUUGAGUUCUUUUAACCAAUUUAUUUUCUGUGCUGGGUCGGUGCUGCUGAAAUGACUGCCUUUUCACACUGGCCUAAACUGCAACCCUCAUCAUGAGUCACUUUUCUCGAUCCUGCAGUUGCAGAAUGUUUUUUUUUUUCUCUACUUGGGUCGCCUCUUGUUGGUGUUGGUUGUGUCAUUUUCUAAUUAGAUAUCAGUUUGGUGUCAACUGCAGUGAUUGAUUAUGUGGAUGAUGGUUGCUGGUUUACAUGGUCACAAGACAAUUAUUACUUAAUAAAUUGAUGCUGGCAGCUCACUCCAAUUUUAAUGUGAAAGUAUGGUGUCUGCAUGGUAUUCUUACUAUGCAAUUAGUCGAGACAAGUUCCUUCGAAAUGCAUUGGGAGCAGUCAGCUUACUCAAAAUAAAAAAGUGCCACCAAUUAACCAUCCCUGAGCCAAUUUUUUGACUUAGCAGGGUUCUUAAAGUUUAUUGUUUUGUUCAUGACUGUUGGUGUUCUCUGUAUUUUUUAUUAGUGUCUUUCUUUCAUUGUACUUAGUUUGUCUGUAUGAAUGAUGCUUAAGUGCACUGUGAUGAUCUUCCAGCAAAGAGUUUGAGAUCUACAUAAAGGAGCUAACAUCCUUCAUGUGCCCACAAAGUACCUAAUAUACAUGAUAAGGAUCUUAUAAUGAGAAGAAAGUAUCCCCUCUGUAGGUAUUAGUAUAGUACAGUAAGAGUUUACAUACUACCUCAUAUUUGCUUGGAAAUACCCUUGUGGAUGGUCACAAAAUUAUUUGUUAUAUUUUUUUUUUAAAGAUUUUUUUUUUUUUUUUUUUGCCCACUUAAUGGGUUUUCUUCUCAAAACGAUUUUCUUGUUGAGGAGAAAAACUCAUUCAAUUUUAUCUUCAAAUUAAUAUUUGAAAAUUGUGGACACAUGAUUACAAGCUCGAUGCUAUUCGCUAAUACCUACAGCUUGAAAGUUAGACUAUUAUUUCUGUCUCUUGAAAGUGAUAAAAUUUUAGAGUGCAUGUUUGUUCUUGACUCACUGUGCCAUAAGAGGCAUGAAAUGUUACAUUGCAUUUCAUGUGUGCAUCAGAUUUAUUUCUUUUUAACUAAUUAACAUUAACUAAAUGUGGAUGAAUGAACCUAGUGUAAGUAGGUAGAUACAGAUGUACAACAGGUAACAUUUGACAACGGUUAUUUUUUUUUUUCAUUUUUUUUUGUAAUAUUUUACAUUUUUAGCUGUUUGUCACCUGUUAUCAAGGGACAGCAUGCUUUCCCAUCCCUUUCUGGAAGCUUUGCUGUCCCUGGUUGACCCAAGAAUUCAAUUUCUAAGUGUAGUGUAGCUGCUCUGCAACAAACUUUUCCAUAAAUUACCCUCCCUGUGGUGACAGAAAGAAUCUUGUUCCCCAUUCCUUCAAUCGAAAUAAGUGAUCUUUGUUCUGCUUUGAAAAAAUGCAAGUGUGCUGUUUUUGCUCACUUUCAUGGGGUCAAGGUGGUGGAAUCAAUCUGCGAUAUUAUAGAUAGAAAAGUAAAUUUUAGUCUCCCUUACAUCUCCAUGGUCCUCAGCUUGUUUCAUGAUGUUUUCAUUUUUGUGUGAUUGCCAAUCAUUCCUUUUAUGAGCUACCCGUAAUGAUGAUGUCCAUGGAAAAGUAGAGUAGAUUCAUCAGCUUGGAUAAGGUGAUGUGGCACUAGUUACGUAAUUUGGCACUGGUUCAUAACUCCAACGAAAUAUUUUAUGCUUGAAUGUUUGAAGAAUAAGUGUUUAUUAAUAUUUGUGAAUGCUAAAUUCCAGAGGGUGCUGUUGUGUAUCAAACUUUUUUUUUUUUUGUUACUGAUCUGAAUCUGUGAUCAAAUUAUUUUCUUGUUAAAAAAGAUUUUUAGAGUAGGUAUUUAAAACAUUUUUAACUGUGUUGACUUUUAGUACCCAUUAUGUAUUUUUAGUUUUUGUUUGAAAAGUCAAAGAAUUUAGACUUUGAAUGUUAUGAAAUUUCUCUUGUAAUGGCAUGUGUUUUGUUACCAAUUUGUGGAAUCAGAUUUUCUUCAAAUGCCUUCUUUAGUAAAGGUGCCAUUGAGUGAAGUAUGGGUUAAUAUUUUGUUGUUGACAGAAACAAUUAGCCCUGGGUAAAUGAUGGUAUCUGAACAGUAUUACUUCAAUGUUGAUGUGAGAAAUUCGGCCUAAGUAUGUGUGUGAGUGUAUGUGUGCGCACUGACUGAAUGUAUGCAUGUCAAAAGAAAUGGAACCAUAACUACAUUUUGAGUGGGGAUCUGGACCUUUGCCUAAGCAAUAAUUGAAUGUAUUGUUUUGUAUAUAAGAUUUAUCAUUUAAAAGAUCUAGUAAAACACAUCACUGACAAUAGAACUACUUCUGAGAAUUAAAGUAGAAAAUUUUGGACUGUACUUAAUAACAUUCUUACUAAAGUCCUAAUGUAUAAUUAUAUGCGCCAUAGGAAAAAAAUGAACCUCCGUAUUUGGUGCUUACUCAUUUUGAUUGAUUUAGAAAUGAACAGAGAGCAAUAAGAAUGAGGUAUGGUUGCUCCGGGAUUCAACAGAAAUACCAUGCCUGAACAUCACAACCCUUCUACUGGUUUUCAGAGAUAGUCUGCACAAACAAUUAAAAGACUUGUGAUAUUCUGGCAUAUGUUCUUCCCACUUUAUCCCAUACCAUAAAAAUACCUCAUUAAAAAUGUUGUCAAUGCUAGGAGCACAAAACUUUUCUAGUAUAUCUGAGACAUUUCAACUCGUACUUCACUGUCCCUAUGCAACUAUUUAAUGCUCAAAUUUAUGAACUUCUUGAUGUUUAGAACAGUGGCUAUUGUCGAUAAAUCUCAACUAGAAUGUUAAGCCUUGUUGAAAGUGAAAAAUAAAAACAUGGUGCUUAAUUUAUUAA